AUGGAAUUCUUUGAGGAAAAUAGUACUGAUUUAGUGAAAGAUAUUUAUCUCCAAACUGAAAUGUUAAAUAUUCUUUAUAGGAAGCUGACAUUCCAGAAUAAAACAAACAAUUUCAUAGUCAAGUUUCAUAUUGAAACUAUUAUUUUACAAGGUAAAGAUCUCUCAGAACAUUCCAGUCAAGAAUUAUCGCUUGAAGAAUUAAUUAAAAGCUAUAGCCACGAUAAAUCUUUUUCCCAAGCUUGUCUUAUAGUCGGAUUGGAUAUGAAAUUACCAAACACCGAAAAGUUAUUCGAUCAGUCACCUGAGACUGGAGAAGCCUGUAUAGAUGGUAAGAACAUCAUCAUUGUGAGUCAUGGUACUUCAGAAAAUCCAAAGCCAAUGGCUUUCUACUUUGCUUCAUAUGUCACAGCUAUAACUCGAGCUCUGGCAUCCACUGAUAGUGAUAAAGUGUGCCAUUUAAGCUCUUCCGAAAACCCUUUAGUUAUGAUUGAAGAAUACUUUCUCUCUAACCAUAUUGAGCCUUCAUCCUCCUAUGGAAUAUUCUCUGAUUGUUACAUUCGAGAAAUAGAAAAUAGUUUGUUAAACAAAAAAUGCUUGAAGAAAACUCCCUUUUGCACUGGAACCUGUCCUGGAAAUUCGUCUCACUGCCCCACAUGUAUUCCAUCAAGACAGCCAUCAUCGUGUGAGAACUUCUCAAACUGUAGAGCCUUCGUGUGCUCUGCAAGAGGUCUAAAAACUUGCCUAUGCAAAGGAAAGGACGAAUGUAUCACGUGUUGCGUCGACGGAGGCAAAUGCCAAGUGACAGAAAUUCAUGACGUAUAUUUUUGGAGGAGACACAUAUUUUUAGCUUUUCCCGACGGUUCAAAAUGCAGCAGUAAUAGAAGUUGCUACAAUGGUGCAUGCAUUAGAGAAAAAACUGGUCAUUUAACCUGGAUCUGGAAAUAAUGUGAAAUCUCAAAAAUUCCAUGUCACUCUUUUUUUUAAAUGUUAAUUUCAAUUCUUAUAAGUGUAUAUUUCAAUUCUCUUUAUUUGUAUUAGCACACAUUUUAAAAGUACUAUUAUUUCCUCAAAGAGAUAUUUAGAACUAAGUUAAAUUCUGUAUAUAUUUGCAUUCACAUUUAUUAACAGACUAUAAUGAAAACAUAGAUCACUGUUAAACAUAAGAGCAUUAAUGUAUCUAAAUUUUUGGAAUUACAGCACCAAUGAUACAUUUAUUUUCUGUCUACUCGUUGUUCUAAUUAUGCUGUUUUAAUUGUAAUCCCUAAUUCCUCUCAGUUUAUAUCGAGACGGAGGCCCCCAAAACUAACCCGCGAUUUGAAAAUAGAAACAAUUAAAGAAAAUCAAAAAGACAGACGAAUUCACAAUUUCUUAUGUUCCGCUAGAGGACAUGUUUAUUUAUUCUCAACUAGCUUCAGACUAUCUAGAAAACUGAUCAACAGAUGGCGCUGCUAACUGGAAGGAAAAAAACCUUUUUAAAAUAACUACAACACUGUGGUGCUGCAUCAUAGAACCAGGAAAUAUUUUAAUUACCAUGGUCUGAUAUGGAGCCUAAACGUUUCAAUGUUUCCAGUCAGCAGCACCAUCCAUUGACAACCUGCAAAUAAUUUUGAUUGUAACUAAUUUUGAUAUGUAGUAAAAGCAUGUUGAACGAGGCAACAAGCUAUACUACUUUUAUUUAUAUCCUUCCAUUUUUAUUAACUGAUUUUUCAAAUCAUUUUAGGAAGAUUUACUAUGAAGAACCAAUUAACUUGUAAAAUUACUUUUUUUUCGUUAUUUCAUAAACUCUAAUGCCAAAAGAAUUUUCCAAAUUAUUUGUUUGUUGUAUAAUAAUUAUGUACGUCUUUUAUUGUAUAGAUUACAUAUCUGAUUCUGUCCAAAAGUAAGCUUUUAACUUUAAUCUCCUAAUAAAUAUCAUUUAUAAUUUUUUUGCUCUGAUCAAUGUACAUUAAUGCAAUUACCCAAAAUGCGCUAAUUUUCAGGUUGACUUUUUCGAAUUCGUAAAUUUUAGUAUUUAGUAUUUUUCUUCCAUGAAAUAAAUUAGUGUCUUCAAAAAAGAACACUUUUUAAAGCUGCCAAAAUAGAUUGUAAAAUUUAAUAUGCAGCUACAAAACGUGGAACUGCAAUACUCAUUUACCUCUGGUGUGUUACAAGUUUAAUUGCAUGAUGUAUGUAAUAUAAAACGUUAUUUUAGUUUUCAAUCACAAUUUAAGGUUUUUCGAAAUUACCGUUAUCGUGUCAAAUCACGCUCUGUAGCCUAUAAUAUGCUAUUUUGUAUGACUGUUUUGCGCUUCUAAUUGUAAAUUAUGACUGAUUGGUAAAGUUUGGUACAAUAAUUUUCUUUUAAAUGAAAUAAAAUCCUGCCAAGUUGAUGAUUUUUUAUAAAAAAAAGCUUAAUAGUUUAUUUUUAAUAAUCUAGAUUUUUGUCUGUUAUGAGUCCAGAAAAUCUUUUUAGAAAUAUUGUACAUAUAUAGUUGAAAAUAAAGCUUUGCUUAGAGUUAAAGGUAUUAAAACUGUGUUGUUU